AAUCAACUGAAAACCAUAGAACAACCACACAAAAAAGGGAGGAAACAUCAACACUUGGGCGGUUAAGCUAUUCUAUUGUCGUGAAAGAAACAAAGGGAAAGCGAUGUCAGCAAGCAAUUCAAUGUACAAAGUUUCAUCUUUGGUUGAUCCUCCAGCGGCGGUGAAUUCCAACACGAACGGUGUGAAAAUUGAAGAAGGGGAAGAACAACAUCAGCAACAGCAACAGGGCUCAGCGGCUACUACAUCUACCGCCAAUACCAAUGACAAUGGGGUAACACCAUCUCAUAUCGGUACAGGUAUCAUUAAAGGCGAAUAUGACGAAGAUGGAGACGUUGUGACAUCACCGCUGAAGAGUGAACACGGUACAACUGGUGCCUUCUCUUCUUCUUCCGGAGGCGUUGGCUCCACGGCAGCAAAGUCGCAAGUCAACAUCAUCCCAGACGUUAAGAUCAUCAAAAGAAAGUUGAACGGGUAUGUUGGAUUUGCCAACUUGCCAAAGCAAUGGCAUAGAAAGUCCAUCAGAAAUGGAUUCAACUUGAACUUGUUGGUUGUUGGUGAAGCAGGCUUGGGUAAAUCAACUUUGAUCAAUACUUUGUUCAACAGAGAAUUGAUCGGACCACAGCCACCAAGAGAUCCUGCAGAGGAAAGACCUUCGUCUGUAACCAUACAUACCGUUGAAUCCGACAUUGAAGAGAAUGGUGUUAAGUUGCACUUGACGGUGGUCAACACCCCAGGGUUUGGAGAACAGAUCAACAACACACAAGCAUGGCAACCAAUUAUCGAUGAGGUCAACUCAAGAUUUGACUCCUAUUUGGAGUAUGAGAACAAAGUGAGUAGAUCUGGUUACAUCGAUUCAAGAAUUCACGCUUGUUUAUACUUUAUUGAACCAACCGGUCAUUCUUUGAAACCUUUGGAUAUCGAGUUUUUGAAAGCGAUUCACAAAAAAGUGAACAUUAUCCCUGUUAUUGCCAAGUCAGAUACUCUGACAGAACAAGAAGUUGAAGAGUUCAAACAAAGGAUUAAUGAUGACAUCAAAUUUCAAGGAAUAGAAAUCUUUGAACCAAAGUUGUACAAUGACGAUGAUGAAGAAACCACGCAGGCUUACCACAAUCUCAUUUCAAGAUUACCGUUUGCCAUUGUUGGUUCUACAACAGAAAUUCAAACCCCAGAUGGUCGUACAGUUAGAGGUCGUCAAUACCCAUGGGGUGUCAUUGAGGUUGACAACGAAGACCAUAAUGAUUUCGUGAAAUUGCGUCAAUUAGUUAUAAGAAACUUUAUGGAGGAGCUUCGUGAAAAGACAUCCAACGUGUUGUAUGAGAAUUACAGAUCAGAGAAACUCUUAAGAUUGGGAAUCACACAGGAUGAUUCUGUCUUUAGAGAGUUUGAUCCAACUGUUAAGCAACAAGAAGAAAAGGCAUUACACGAGGCCAAACUGGCCAAACUCGAAGCUGAGAUGAAGCAAAUCUUCCAACAGAAGGUUGCAGAAAAGGAGAAGAAGCUACAAAAGUCCGAAGCUGAGUUAUUCUCAAGACAUAAAGAAGUUAAAGAGAAGUUGUUGAAACAAGUGAAACAAUUGGAAGAGAAGAAGAAACAAUUACAAACCGCUCGUUUGAACCCAACGAUGCACGAUCCUCAACCUCUUCCAACGCAGAAGGCCAAGAAGGGUUUCCUUGGUCGUUAGAUGUUUUAGUUGUAUUAAAUCUCUUUUUUUUAUAAGUCAUCUGUUCUCAAUAAAACGCAUAUACUUAUGUUGGUUUC